AUGUCCGCCAUCAAGGUCGCCAUCGCGUCCAAUUCCAUGGGCAAGUCCGUCGCCGGGCACACCAUUGAGAGAAAACUAGAGGCUGCAAAGGCACAUGGCUUCGAUGGCGUCGAGGUGGCUUUUGAAUGCGUGGAGGCCAAUGCUACCCAGUUCAACACCAUGGCCACUCGCGAUGACCGGCUCCGCGCCUCCGCGGCCGACAUCUAUGAAAAGGCCCAAUCGCUGGAUUUGAAGCUCAUAGCAUUGAACCCAUUCAGAGAUUUCGAUGGACUGAGGAAUCCACGGCAAGCGAACGCUCGGUUACAAGAGGCUGAUCUCUGGUGUCAAUUAUGCCAAAUCAUGCAUAUUCCCAUAAUACAGGUCCCCACGGCUCUGUACCCUCUCGAGGAAUCCAAAGUCACGACUGAUGUCUGCGUGAUAGCUACCAACAUGCGCAAACUCGGCCGGCUGGCAGAGAAAUAUGACCUAAAGAUAGGCUAUGAAGCGCCCUCGUGGGGAAUCCAUAAGAGUACAUGGCAAGAAAUCCAGGAGAUUCUUGCGCGUGUCAACCUCCCGAACGUCGGGCACUGUCUUGACACAUUCCAUAUCGCCUCUAAAGAGGCCGGGGAUCCAUUCAACGCAUCUUCUCCCAUCCGAGGCUCGGGAUUUGAUGACCUUUACCGCAGCUUGGAUGAGCUCAAGAGAACGGUUAGCCCCGAGGACAUCGUUUACCUGCAGUUAAGCGACGCGACGACGGCAGAUCAAGAGCAGAAGGGGUAUCCCAAUACCGACCUCGACCAGCCCGCAUACAUGACCCAGUCAAGGAAUUGCAGGGUUUUCCCAUGCGAGGAACGUUUGGGAGGCUCCUUACCCGUGAUGGAGGUUGCCAAGGCUGUCUUUGACAUGGGGUAUACUGGCUGGGUCUCCAUGGAAGUAUUCCACAAGGACAUGUUCCAUGAGGGAAACUCUGUUCCAGAUGACUGGGCGAGACGGGGAAUGGAAUCUUGGAAGAACGUUGCCCUUCGCUGUGGGCUUGACCGCCGCGCAAAGAUCUAA